AUGCUUCAUGACAAAGUCCGAAUUUCGACCAUAUGUUUUCCACUAUCGAUUCUCCCUGUGACAUUCUUUGUUUAUCUCAUCUUUCGACAUUCAGAUAAAAAUGAUCUCGGCCCUUGGCCAUUUUUGACGCUUUAUCAGUCGAUAUUCGAACAACAAUUAGCUAUUUAUCGAGAACUUGUCCACCAAGCGUCGGCUUUGUUAUUACAAAAUACAUCGGCUUUAGUUCCGCUAGAACAAAUUCGUCCUGUUUUAGAGAGAAUUCAAAAAGCAAUUGCGAUCUUUCAACAAGAAAAAAUAAUCAUUAAAAGUGAAACAGAAUUGGAUGGAGUCGAAACCGACGUUGAUAAAAAUGACUCCAAUUCAUCCAAAGAACAAUCGUCAGUAAAAAAAGAAAUGAAUACACCAGUUAAAGUUCGACCUGUGGUACGACUUGAACGCGUCGAAUUGAACAGAGAUCUGGUAGCAGAACGUCGAUUACAUGACGAACAUGUGAAUAGAAGUUUUCAACAUGAUUGUUCAACCCGAUGUAGAGUGGAAGAUAAUAGUAGUAGACCAAGAGAUUCCUCGGAUGAUAUUACUAUUGAAUGCAUCAGUAGUAUCGCUGAUGGGGAUGGAGUUCAUUCAUCGAAAUCACGAAAAUCAACCGAAGAAAACUACCAGUCUCGUAUUGGUUCACCAAAUUGUUCUGGAAAGAAGAAAUGUGAUAAAACGAAGAAGAAAAACGACAAAACAAUUACACUGAAACGCUUACAAUCGUAA